ACUCAUUGGAAUCAAUGCUGUACUGAGUGCCAGGUACUGACAUCCACGGGAGAUUGAGUGGACGGACCAAACAAGUACAGUACUGCAAUAUCUUAUUGCAUCAAAUCUCGGCAUGUUGGUAGAUGAGCUGGUUGAGUAGGAUGAUGCUGCAUGAAUGACGAUCAUUAUAUGAUUUGCUGUACUUGAUGCAUGAGGAUCGACGUCACAUUCCCGUCCGACAUCAUGCCGGCCUGGCUUCGGCUUUGAAUAUGAAUGCACAUUCAGCAACAGACUUGGAGGUGUAUCGACGGUUCGUCGGAGAAUCAGGACCGAAGAUGGCCGCGAAGUACAAAGGUCAAGGGGACCGGUCACCGAAGAAGUUUCUGUCCACGGCUCGAAGGCAACCGGCAACCGGCAACGGGUGGAGGCCCGAACUCCAGGAGGAGGGGGGACAGGAUUCGGGAGGACACGUGGGCCAACCGGAUUGGCUGCAUCGUCCAGCACGCGACGAAGCGAAGCGGGGGCAUGGUUCUAAGAGUCACAUCGUUGACCUUGUGACGACUCUUGGCGACCGUUCGGCUCGAAGCAUUUCGGGGGCGACUGAUAUCGAGCGCAUUGUCGAAAUUCCUGAACAGAUCGUUCGUAAUCGGAUUUCCACUAUCUCCGGACGCUUCGUUCCCCGAUCUCACCUCUGCUGCCGCUGCCAUUGCCUUCGCCUUGCGUCGGUAUGGACUGCUAGUUUGAAUCGGCCACGCCUAGUCGGGAGGUGGGGCAGCGUUGAAGAUCCGAGAGCCUGACUCCACCAGCGCUCCGUCGCAAUUCUCGAGGAAGAGUUGCCAAUCGUAAGUCAGAAUUCCAGUAAGUGAAUCACACCAUCAUCACAAGGCAUGAGCAGCUGGCUCGGGCCAGUUUCUGAGUUCAAUCCGAAACUCUGUGAACAGAGUGCUCUGAUUACAACCCAUCUGCUUUGUUGAGCGGUGAGUGUGGCCGCCCUUUAGACUUCGAAGCAGAAAACUUUUUCCCUCCAGAAAACAUUUCUGUUAAAUACACCAGGAAACGAUUCACAG